AUGGCUCCAAGGUUCAUCUCCAGCAUUCUUCGACGUCCCAAGGCUACAUCCGAAAGAACGCUCACGGAACGUCAACAAGAACUGGCCCAGCGGCAGACGAUAGCGCAGGAUACCCUUGAUCGCACCCUCGCCAUCAUAUCCGAGCACCAAGAUCAAGGUGCUACCGCUGACUCAAGAUUCAUUUCUGGGGACGAGCUGCCGCCGCUCGACCAAGAUGCGUGUCCGAAGCUAAUGUGGGGAGGGAUGACGGUCUUGGACUCGGAUUCCUUCACUGCUGCGAGGGACAUUAUGAAGGACAACCCAGAAGCCCAGGGGAAAACAACUGUUUUAAAUCUGGCCAGUGAUCAACUUCCCGGGGGUGGAUGGAUCCAUAGUCUUUCGAAGACUCAGGAGGAAGCACUUUGUUAUUCGUCCACCCUAUACGAGACUUUGAAAAAGUCGUAUUACCCAUGGCCGAACCUCGGCCCAGGUUCAGUCGCUGGGAUUUAUUCUCCUGGGGUUGUCAUCUUCAAAGACGAUCUUGACCACAACUGCGUGGACCUUCCAGAGGCAGACAGGCGCGUCGUCUCGGUCAUCACUGUUGCUGCCCCCCGCGGGCCAAAACUUACAGAAGAUGAGCUGGGGUUCAAGAAUGAAUCAGACCUGGAAGACUUGAAGGGGAAAAUCAGGUUGGUUUAUCGUAUCGCUGGACAUAAUAGGCAGACAUAUCUUGUUCUUGGUGCUAUGGGGUGCGGUGCAUACCGUUGCCCCCCUCGGUUAGUUGCAGAGCAGAUGAAGUCAAUUCUCCUCGAAUCAGAAUUUCAGGGAUGGUUCUCGCAAGUUGUGUUUGCCGUUUAUGGUCGCUCGGGACCUGCCGCCGCCAACUUUCAGAUAUUUUCGAAGGUCAUGAGGUCUAGAGGGUGA